AUGGCAAGCCAAGAGAGAAGCGUCCUGGUCCUGUAUGGGUCGGAAACGGGCAAUGCCCAGGAUAUAGCCGAAGAGCUUGGCCGGCUGUGCCAGAGGCUCCAUUUCGAGAGCCAUGUCAGUGAGCUCGAUGCUACAGAUCUUACUGCGCUGCUGCAGCAUCAGCUCGUCAUUUUUGUCAUCUCGACAACCGGCCAGGGUGACAUGCCUCACAACUCACUGCUCUUUUGGAAAAAGCUCCUCCGGAAGAAGUUGCCGCCAAACUGCUUGAGUCGGUUAAAGUACACUUGCUUCGGUCUUGGUGACAGCACGUAUCUCAAGUUUAAUUGGGCUGCGCGAAAGCUUGUGCGCAGACUAGACCAACUUGGCGCUGCCACAUUCAUUGACGCAUAUGAAGCAGACGAACAGUUUCCUGAUGGCAUCGAUGGCAGUUUUGUGAGAUGGGCUGAGGACCUGAAAAAGCAUCUCUUGGAGCAUUAUCCACCUCCCUCAGGCUUGGAGCCCAUCCCAGACGACACCAUCCUCCCUCCUCGCUGGUCUCUGGCUCCGGCUCUUAAUGCGCUUUCCGAGAAGAUCCAGGAGGUUAAUGUAUCUUCUCUUUCAAUAGACCAGACAAAUGCCACACUCACGGAGCCCAACUUGCCGCCUCCAGGUCUCUUGCCGAUACCAGCCGGAUGGACAGCAACCUUGACAAAGAACGAAAGAUUGACGCCGCAGGAACACUGGCAGGAUAACUUCCCUCACGACGUUCAGAAGCUGAUUGACCUCAUGGACUGGAACGACAUCGCUGACCGGCCGCUUGACCUGUCCGCCUGCCCAUCUCUUCCUCACAACCUUUACGCUCCGGCAUCGUGUACGCUACGCGACCUUCUUCUCAACAAUAUUGACAUAACCGCCAUUCCGCGCCGCUCCUUUUUGAAGAACAUGUCCUACUUCUCGUCCGACGAAUACCAUCGGGAGCGGCUGCUCGAAUUCAACAUGCCCGAAUACAUGGACGAGUACUUUGACUACGCCACCCGCUCUCGCCGCAGCAUCAUCGAGGUCCUCGACGAAUUCACCUCCGUCAAGAUCCCAGCAGAGCGCCUCCUAGACGUCUUCCCGCUCAUCCGCGGCCGCGACUUCAGCAUCGCCAACGGAGGCACAUCCGCAAUCCACCCCUCAAAGGCCGGCGCCACCAGAGUCGACCUCUUGGUCGCCAUGGUGAAAUAUCGCACCGUCCUCCGCAAACCCCGAGAGGGACUCUGCUCCCGCUACCUCGCCAGCCUCCUCCCCGGCGCAACCCUCCGCGUCUCCUACAAGGCCGUCCUCUCCCCCAUCCACGGCGCCGCCAACGCUCAAAGACCGCUCAUCGCCAUGGCCACGGGCACCGGCGUCGCUCCCGUGCGCUGUCUCGUCCACGAACGCCUCACGCAUCCUUCUCCGGCCCCAAUGAUCAUUUUCUUCGGCAACCGAAACAGUGCGGCCGACUACUUCUUCGAAGCCGAAUGGCGUGCACUCGCGGAAGAUGCGGCUAAGAAAAACUCCCAGUUGCUUGUCUUUACGGCCUUUUCGAGAGACCAGCGCGAAAAGAUUUACGUGCAGGAUCUGGUUCGCCGGGAAGCACCCAGGCUGGAAGAGUUGAUUCCCCAGAAAGCCAUUUUCGCCGUCUGCGGAGGCUCCACGAGGAUGGCUGAUGCGUGCAAACGCGCUGUCUUCGACCCUUUUACCGAAAAUGGGGACGAGGAGGCUCGCAAGGAGAUGCUGGGAGCAAUAACGUGGUGGCAGGAAAUUUGGUAA